AUGACCAUUUAUUAUGACAUGUUGAAAAAAUAUUGGUCGAACGGUCGGUCGAGCGGUCAAUUUUCGAAACUAUAGUACGCAGAUGACAUCAGCCACUUCUUUAGAUCCAAGUUCGAGUUCAACCAUUAUCUCGAUGACGUCAAGCAGCCUUUUAACUUUGAAAUCAGCUGCAAGCAGUACUCCGAUGACGUCAGCCUUUUCUUCAGAUCCAACUUCAAGUUCAAGUAGUAUCACGUCGACCUCAAGUUUUUCAACAGCCUCAAGUUCAAGUUCAACGCCCACUCCGACAGCUUCAAGCAUGUCUUCAACACUCGGUUCAAGUUCAACAAGUAUUCCGUUGACGUCAGAUACGUCUACGAGGCCACGUUCUACCUCAAGCAGUGCUCAAAACAUUCCAGAAAAUUUCACAACUUGGAGUUCAAGUUCAACCAGUAAUUCGAUGACCUCAGACACGUCUACAAGACUGAGCUCUACGUUAAGCAAAAGCAGUACCUUGAUUCCUACUGA